CUCUAUCAUACUACUACAUACAAAUCGUCGCACGUGAUAUUCACUAUCAUUGCCCUCAUUUUUUUCAACAAAACUUUUUAACCAAAACUGACAACCACUACUACCACAACCCCUAUACUCUAUUACUACUAUCCAACAGAUGACGAUUGGAUUCUUGGAAAAGAAAGGCGCAACAGAGAAACAGGUUGAAGAUGGUAAUCCUGGCGUUACUGCCGAUGAACAGCUGCUACGUGAACUAGGUUAUACUCAGGACUUGAGUCGCUCGAUCUCGGCAUUUUCCAAUUUCGCCAUUGCCUUUUCAUGCUGCUCAGUACUUUCCGGCUUGACACCCAUGUGGGGCGAUGCAAUGAAUGACGCGGGGAGCUUAGGCGUAAUUUGGGGGUGGUUUAUCACUGGUAUCUUUACGAUGAUUGUCGCCUGUUCUCUUGCUGAGAUCUGCUCUGCAUAUCCUACCACCGGAGGCUUGUAUUUCUGGGUCAGUAGACUUGCGCCACCAAAGUACAUGCCCUUGGCCUGCUGGCUGACAGUCGGUAUUACUUCCGUUGAUCUUGGUCUUUCACAAUUCAUCGCUGGUAUAAUCAAUGUUUGGCAACCUGACGUUGACACUUCUGUCUACAUGCAAUACGGUAUUUAUGUCGGUAUCCUACUUAUUCAUGGCACUAUGAACUCUAUUGCGGUUAGCUUGAACGGUUUGAUGAACCAACUCGCAUUUUGGAUUAACAUGCUUGGUAUUCUGUUCAUUGUCGUUGUCGGUCUCGCCGUCACUCGCCCGCUUGCUACUGGGAGCUUUGUAUUUAGCGAAUUCUACAACGGAUCUGGGUUUUCCAGUGACGGUUACGCUUUUCUUCUCGUCAUUCUCCAGAGUCAGUACACUUUGAGCGGUUAUGACAGUGCUGCUCACAUGAGUGAAGAGACCAAAAACUCGCAGCACGGAUCACCCUUUGGUAUUUUGACUGCUGUCGCCGCCAAUGCCGCUUCCGGCUUUAUCUUUUUAAUCGGUACCAGCUUUAUGACCAAAAGCUUUACGACUCAGAUUGUCAGCGAAGACGCUAUCCAACCUCAAAUGGUUCAAGUCUUUAUCGAUGGCGUUGGCAAUGCAUGGACCAUGGUCUUUUUGAUCUUUGUCAUGCUUUCCAUUUUUUUCUGUGGCAGUAGUCUUACCCUCGGCUCGUCACGUAUGGUCUAUGCCUUUGCCAGAGAUGGUGCUAUGCCCUUUUCCAAAUACUUGCAUCGGCUUGACCCUCGCACCAACAACCCGGUCCUCUCGGUCUGGUUCAACAUUACUGUCGCUGGUGUCGUUGGCGUUCUUUAUAUGGUCAAUUCUACAGCGUACGAAUCGAUCGUCUCUGUCAACACCAUUGGCUCGCAACUAUCGUAUCUAGUUCCUAUUGUCUUGCGCAUCACCGUCGCUCGCAACAAGUUCAAGCCUGGACCUUGGAACUUGGGUCCCUUUAGCACCCUAUUUGGUGCCAUUGCAACCUGCUGGCUUGUCUUUACCUGCUGCUUGUUCAUCUGCCCUACUGAAGCCCCUAUCACUGCCGACAACAUGAACUACGCCAUUGCUCCCUUUGCUUUUAUCAUGAUUUUGUCGGUUGGGUACUUUGCCAUAUGGGGCCGCAAAUGGUUUACCGGUCCUGUCCGAGUUGUCGAUGGUCAAGAAGUUGUCUUGAGCGACGAUGACAAUGCUGCUCCUUCGAUUCAUAAAGAGAAAGAUCAAAUCGAAACAUUGAGCCACUAA